AUGGAACCCCCGCACCUGGCGAGCUGCGGCUUCCCCGCGGAGCCGCCGGCGGCGGGUGGGUGUCCGACGCUCGGCGGCAGCCUCGUCUCGCUAAAGACGGCGGCGGCGAUGCAGACGAUGGAGCAGAGCGUGGACGCUCACGGUUCGCGGUUGCUGAACUUGGAGAGCCGGGUGGCCGCCACCGAGAAGAACCACUUGGAACGCGGGAAAACGGCGGUGGAUUUUGGGAACCAGCUGGAGAGCAAGUGCACGGCGCUAGGCACUCUCAUCCAGGAGUAUGAGCAGCUCCAGCGGCGCCUGAAGAGCAUAGAGAACUUCCUGAAGAGUGGGAACUUAUGGAUCCUGCAGCUGCCCCCGAGGUCAACGUCACCAGGGUGGACAUACCCAUCAGUGGUGUUCCAAAGUGAGACCGUGUGCUUUUCUGCUCAAGAGUGGGCAGACCUGCAGGAGCAGCAGAGGGAGCUGCACAUAAAGGAGCUGGGGGGAAAUAAUGAGCCUCAAAUCUAUCUAGACUAUGCAAUCUCCAAACAUGACCUCCUGUCCCAGCACCAGAGAGGGGAAGCAUCCUGCAAUGGGGAUGAGGCAGCUUCAAAGAGGUUUCAGCAGAGCCGAGUGCAGGCAAGAGAUGAAAUACAGUUUUUGUCUCAGUUGUUAGCAGAGGCUCUGCUGUUUAAGGUUGAUGUAAACAGCCAGGAUGGCAGUGCAGGAGUGCAGGAAGGCCUGGAGGGAAGAGCAGUGCUGGCUGAGCCUGGACCUUGUGAAUGUUGCUCUGUAAGGGCAAGCUUGGACUCUGGGGCAGGGAGGACAAGAGCAAAGCCCUGGGGAACAGCGAGGGAGGAGCCAAGCAGUGCCACAACAACCACUGAAGAAGUUUCCUCUUUACUGCAGCACACUGGUAUUCCAGAGCCGAGCUUUGCAGGUGUUGGGAAGCAGGAAGAAGAGAGGUGUAUGGAGGAGCAGGGAACCAUGAAGGAUGUGGAGUUUACCAAGCUCAGUGUGGUCCCAGCGAAUGAGGCAAUGACGUUCAAAGUAGAGCAGCUGGACUUGGAGGAAUGCUCCCAAAGGUCCAAGCCUCCUGUGACUUUAACCAGGGAGCCAAAGGAGCUGCUUUCCCAGGGUCCCAGCAAGGUGCUGUCCUUUGAUAGUCAGUACAGCUGUCCUGUAGAGCAGGGAAACCAGAGCAUGAGCAGCCUGGUGCCAUCCACCCCAGAGGGAGAGGGUCUCAGUGAAAGCAACGCUAUCAACUUCCAUGGGCAAAACUGUCCCAGAAAGAGACCUCACUCAUGUACAGCGUGUGGAAAGGGCUUCUGUCUGAAGAAGAUGCUGACACCUCACCAGGAGGGCCACAGCACAGAGGAUAGCAGUGAGCACACUGGAGGCGAGGACGGCUUCCUCUAUCCGCUGUGCCACCAGACUCAUGUGGAAGAGGAUGGGACCCAUGUGGCCACAGAGAGGUUCAAGCAGAACCAGAAUGCCAAAGCCCGCACCAGUGUCCCAGCCGUGGACAAGGUGUCCAGCAGUCCCAGGUGCCUGAAAAGCAAUGACGCCAAUGCUAUCUGUAAGCUAAAUCCGAGUGCCCACCCAAAAGGAAGGCCCUACAAGUGCAAUCAAUGCAAGGCAUGUUUCUCCCAGAAGAAAACUCUCGGCAGCCACAAACAUACGCACUUGCACCAAAGAAGAAAGAUCCUUAGGUGCUUGUACUGUGGGAAGAGGUUCACCUGCUCCUCCAGUGUGGUCCAGCAUCAGAGGAUCCACACAGAUGAGAGGCCAUACACAUGCAAUGAGUGCCCAAAAUGCUUCACCCAGAAGGAGCACCUCCUCCAGCAUGGGAGGAUCCACCUGCACAAGAGGGACUCUGUGCCUGGCGUGGGGAAGAAACAUUCGGUGGGUGAGUUUGAGUUCUGUGUUUGCAAAAGACUCGUGGUGACUGCACACAUGCACAGGGUCACGGAGAAACCUGAGUCCAUUUCGGCUCUGUCGGGAUCCCGAUCCCUCGUGGUUCAUGGAGAAUCCCGGAUCCCUCUCGACUCGGCGGUGCCGCGCGCCGCAUCGAGCCCUCCCGCCGGGGGGCGCCGCAGUGCUCGUGGCAGGGCGGCGGCAGGGGGCGCUGCGGUGCCGGCAGCGGAAGCGGCAGCGGCCGGUGUCGGUGGUGCCGGUGGUGCCGGUGGGGCGGCCAUGGCCGGUCCGGAGGCCGAGCGAGCAGAGGCGCAGGCCGUGGCGGCGCGGCUGCUCCGCCUGGAGGCCCGCCUGGCGCGGGCGGAGCGGCAGCUGAGGGCCGCGCUGGCUCUGCGCGGCCGCCUCCAGGCGCUGGAGCGGCGGCUGGAGACCGGCGGCGGUUGCAGCGGCUGCUGCGGCGGGGCCCCUCGAAUGUCAGCGAAGCGCUGGGCUGCCGGCGGCGGCCGGCGGGCAGCACGGCCCCAGAUAGGGCAGGGCCCGGUGAGCCUGGAGGACGUGUGGGUGCAGUUCAGCGAGCAGGAGUGGCGGGCGCUGCGUGGCUGGCAGCAGGCCCUGCACCGAGCCGUUAUGAGGAGCAACUACCACAUGCUGCUCUCCCUCGAGCCGGAUGCUCCCAGAUGUGAUACCCAGGCCCAGUCGGAAGAUGAGGUCCAGCCGUGUGUUCAGAACUGCAUGGAUGGGGAUGGGAGAAAUGAUCCUGCGGAGAGCGAAGACAGCAUAAUCCAUAUUAAGCAAGAGGAAGAGUUGGCCUCUGCAGAUCAGCAGGAGGUGGAGGCUCGAAAGGCUGCUGAAGAGCCCUGCCCAGCAGAGCAAGCAUUUUGCGAGCCUGAGUCUUCAAAUCAGCCCAAGAAAGGCAAAGAGGUGCAUGCCAGGGAGCUACCAGGAGUGGAGGGUGAGGACCUCCCAGGAGACCUUGAUGCAGGAUUUCAAACUUAUGCAACUGAUGUUUUCUCAUGGAUUAAACAAGAAGAGGAGCCACGCUGCCCUGAACAACAAGACUUGGAGAAAGAAGUCUCUGCAGAUCCAAGCACAGUGCAUGAUGAAAACACAAAGAGGGACCCUCCAGCAGAUUGCUUUGAAAGCACAGCACAUGACUCAGAGGUGCCAGGAAGACCUGGAGAGCAGUUUUCCAAGGAUCCUAGCCCCAGGGUGACGUGGGACAGUCAGUGGAAUUCAGAAAUGAUGGAAACAAACAGUGCUGGAAACAGUCUUGGGGAUGAUGCUCAGCACACCCGAGGAUUUGGUGAAUACUUGGAUUUCUUCAGCACUCAGGAAAACAGCGAUGGAAAGAGACUGUGCUCAUACAACAAACGGGAGAAAAAUUCCACCCAGCAGGAACAUCUCCAGGCUCCCCAGGGAGCCCGAGAAGGGGACACGUCUCCAGGCCUCACGUGUGAGAGGAGUCUCAACGAAAGGGCAUUCCGUGUGCUGCACUCACAGCCAUGUGCUGCAGGUGAGAAAAGAGACGGGCAGGGGCCUGCUUCUGCCUCCUAUGAGGGGCUACCCAUGGGGCCACAGCUUGCCACCCAUCCCUACUGCAGACAAAACCCUGCAGGUGAACCGGGGCUUCAUGAGCACCAUGGCCUGGGUGGAGAGGAGCAGCCGCCAGCAGAAAGCGAGGAGAACUUCCCUGCCGAAAACCCUUUGGCCAGCCCCUGCUGGGAUCACCCACAGGACAAGGCAGAGGCCUGCAGUAGGUGCCAGCAGCACUUGGCACCACGGAGCAGCCCCGCGGGACAGCAGCAGAGCCAAGGCAGGGGCAAGUCCUACAUUUGCAGUGACUGUGGGAAAGGCUUUGUGUGCCAUUCGUGGCUUGUCAGGCACCAGAUGACUCACACGGGAGAGAGGCCAUACAAGUGCUCCAAGUGUGACAAAACCUACCGGAGAAAGGAUUACCUUCUAAACCACCUGCGCCGGCACUCAGGAGAGGGGCUCUUCCAGUGCUCCAUCUGCAGGAAGAGGUUUGUGCUCAGGAGGAGUUUGGUGAAGCAUCAGGAAAGUCACUUGAAAGAAACACACCUGGCCUUGGCCAGUUGGCCCUGCACAGAGAUCAGGGGGGCUGUAAUGCACUCCAUAUAGAAAAUCCCUCCCAGCUAGGAUAGUCUGCAUCACCCUCAGCUGCCACCUUUGCUGGGCAGGGCCAUGGCAAGAUCCCCCUGCCCUUUGCUGGGCUGUGGCAGGAGGAGGCAGCUGUGGAACAGCCAUCUUGAGCCUGCUCCAAGGCAAAGGGAGAAGGUUGGGGAGUUAUUUUCCACAGAUGGCAUUGAAAUGGUGUGUGGAGCCCGUUCACCACCUUCACCAGUGCCUGUUGCUGCUGGGCACAUGCUGGAGCUGUGCUGGAAGUCUGCGGUGCUCAGAGUUACUGCUAGCUGUCAAUCCACACUGGAGAGAAAGCUCAUUGACACACAGAACAUUCUGUAACACUUCAGGCUGGAGAAAGUCUGCAGUGUUACUCCUAGGCUGUGGAGAGUCUGAAGAGUCCAGGGACUGGACUGGAAAUGAAGUUGCUAACACUAGUUUUCCAGGUGAAACAGUAUCAGGAAAGACCCACUUUUCUGAAAUGCUGUGAGGAAGGAAGCACUGAACCUGUGGAUCUUUGGAAGAAGCCUCUUCAAGAGUGGCAACUGGGACAGAGGGGUGCAGAGUGCAAGAAGCAGCUUGUUCCUGCAGUUAAUCAUGGGGUUCAUGGGGCUCUGUGCUGCUGAACCCUGACUGUGAAUUCCUGAAGGCUGAGAUCCUCACCUGGAAUAGGGUUUUGAUUUUGCAUUGCCUUAAAAGUUAUGUGGCAGUUACUUUCCCUCCUUGUUGCGGGUCUUGCGUGUGUUCAGUUUGCCAAAUCCUGUGAAAGCAGACCCCUUAGAUGCUUGUUAAACAUUCUCCUACAGAAAAAUGUAUUUUUGUUUGGUGCCUCUUAACAGGGCUGUGAGGCUCUGACGUGCCAUGGCACUGCAAGGACAUGAUUUAUUCUUUUCCAUGAUCCAGGGCUGGAUGUACCCAAUGUCACCCUGUCGAUGGUAUCAGAAGGAAAACGCAGAAGCAGCAGCACUGGCUGGAUUCGGAAGAGCCUGUUUUGGUUCAGGGCUCCAACGUUGCCAGACAGACUUUGUUCAUCAGCCUUUUUUUACAUGCAUGUUUCUGCUUCAGUUCUGUGAGGAUGGGUUCGCGUCUGCUGGAAAGGU